UGUGUGUGCGCGUGUAUUCUUUUUAGUUGCUAAUUACAACAAAUUGUAAAAGGAAGUUGUUGAGUGUUAAUAGAAUUCUUGAGUUCCAUUCGACUGCAGUUUGUGUGUGCGUGAAAGAGCCCCGAUUAGCUGUAAACAAAAGGCUAAAAGACAACGCUAAGAAUAACAGAGAAAAGAACGAGUGAAUCGACGCCUACGCGUUCUGAUUCUUACACCGUGCAACAGCGGCUGUUGGCCCAGCGUUUAGGGGCAACAAGUUUUCCAGGAAAUCAGAAUUCAUAGACAGGGCCGCACGAUGUCGUCCUGUCAGCGCCUGCAGUUGGCACUCGGCGUCCUGGUGCUCGCCCUGACUGGCGUGACGGUGCGCGGCGAGGUGUACACAGCGCUGGCGGAGAUGGAGGAACUGCUUGAGACUGAAUCCGUACUGAUAAGCAAUCUGGAGGGCUACAUACGCGUGCAGGAGGACAGACUGAGCUAUCUGAAGAACAAAAUGGAUGAAUACCAAAGAGAGCAUGCAGAUGCAGCCAGCGAUAUAACUGCCUACGUAUCGAAUCCAAUCAAUGCGUAUUUACUGACCAAGCGUCUGACCACAGACUGGCGGCAGGUGGAGAAUCUGAUGGCACACGAAGUGGGCGCAGAUUUUGUGCAGAACCUCACGCAAUAUCGCAAUGUACUGAAGUUUCCCUCGGACGAGGACCUCAAUGGGGCGGCUGUGGCGCUGCUCCGCCUGCAGGACACCUACCAGCUGGACACGUCUAGUCUAGCACGUGGCAAACUGAACGGCAUACAGUACAGCACGGCAAUGUCGUCGGAUGACUGCUUCGAGUUGGGCCGCCAGUCGUACGUUAAUCGGGACUACUACCACACGGUGCUCUGGAUGAACGAGGCCAUGGCCCGCAUGCUGGAGGAGCCGCAUAAUCAAACGCAAAGCUUCACACGUGCCGAUGUCCUGGAAUACCUUGCCUUCUGCACCUACAAGCAGGGCAAUGUGGAGAGCGCACUGACCAUGACGAACGAGCUGCUGCAACUGCUGCCCGACCACGAGCGGGCCAAUGGCAACAAGAAGUUCUACGAGAAGGAAAUUGCCCAGCUGAAGGAGAAGCUUAAAGUGAAAGGGGACGAUGGCUCCGAUGCCACGCCCGUUUCCGAUCUGCCCGUGGUUAAGAGCGAUCCUGGCGUCUUCGACAUGACCGAGCGCAAGGCCUACGAAAUGUUGUGCCGUGGCGAGCUGAAGCUCUCGCCCUCUGUCCUGCGUCCGCUGCGCUGUCGUUAUGUCAGCAACAAUGUGCCGUUCCUGAGGCUAGCGCCGCUUAAGCUGGAGGAGGCCUUCCUGGAUCCAUACAUUGUAAUUUAUCACGACGCCAUGUUCGACAGCGAGAUUGAGGUACUCAAGCGCAUGGCGCGUCCCCGCUUCCGUCGUGCCACCGUCCAAAACGCAGUGACUGGCGCCCUGGAAACGGCCAACUACCGCAUCAGUAAAUCCGCCUGGCUUAAGACCGCCGAGCACCGAGUGAUUGGCACUGUGGUGCAGCGCACCGCCGACAUGACUGGCCUCGACAUGGACUCGGCCGAGGAGCUGCAGGUGGUUAACUACGGCAUUGGCGGCCAUUACGAGCCACACUUUGAUUUCGCCCGACGCGAGGAGAUACGCGCCUUCGAGGGUCUCAAUCUGGGCAAUCGCAUUGCCACCGUGUUGUUCUACAUGAGCGACGUGGAGCAGGGCGGUGCCACAGUCUUCACCUCGUUGCAUGCGGUUCUGAAGCCCAAAAAGGGCACGGCUGCAUUCUGGAUGAAUCUGCAUCGCUCCGGCGAAGGCGAUGUGCGAACGCGACAUGCAGCGUGUCCCGUGCUCACGGGCAGCAAAUGGGUGUCCAACAAGUGGAUACAUGAGCGUGGCCAAGAGUUCCGGCGACCCUGUGACCUGGCCCCGGAUCAUGGUGAUUUUGCCAUCUAGUGAAAAGAAAAACUGAAGCUGUUGCUAUUGCUGGACUCUCAUUUCCCAGCCGCCCUUACUCGUACUUCUACUUACUUUGCGCUCUAACAUAUCUCUAAGGACUCGCCAGCCGGGCAACAUAAACUCUAUUCCUAUUGUAAAUACUCAACUACGACAUCCAACAUCUGGUACGCCGGCUGAACGAUGACGACACCCAUUUCUUUCAACUACAUACCAUUACUUGGCAUUAGUGUUAUUUUAGGCAUGCUAUUAUGGAAUUUACUCAUUUUUGUACAAAAUAUAAA